GAAGUUUUAAGUUAACCAUAGACAAGAAGUUAAUAGAGCAUGUGUUUGUCGGCGCGUCAGCUGCGUCCACUUUCAUUACGCAAAUCCCGCCAUUUUGUAUGUAGCUGGCGGUGCUUCGCGGUUUACUUUCUCAGUUGAGUGAUUACACCCACGAAAAACUAAAAAACUUUUUUCUAAUUGACUUAGUAACCUGACCGUGGACGUAACUGACUAUAUUGUGAUAUUAUUUUACUCCAAUACGUUGUGCUUUCGUGUUUUGUGAGUGCCCUAUAAACGGAGCGCGUGGCUGGUAACUCUUUGUUGUUGGAUUCAACUUAUUUACGGUUGUGUACAUAGCAAUUACGUGGAAUAUAAAAAUAACUUAUUGUUGGUGGGUGUGGUUGAAGAGUUCCUGACGGAUUUUUGUUUGGAAGAAGUGUGAUAAAAAGUGCAGUGAGCCGGUGUGCGGACAGUGCGGACGGUGUCGCCGCUCGUGCAGUGCAGUGCAGUGUUGUGUGUGGUGUGAGGUGUGAGGUGUGGGGUGCAGCUAAGUGCGGCUCAGUGCGGUGGUGUGUUGUGCGCGUGUGUGCGUCCGUGUAAGCGCGUGCGACGUGGCGCCGACGCUCACGUCAACUCAAUGCCGGUGCGCCGAUGGAGCGGUGAUCGCGGACUGACUACGUCACUACAGCAGCGCUGUGUGUUGUUUGUUUACAGGUGACGCGCUGCGGAGAGGUGGUUAAAGCGGCUUUGCCGCUUUAAAUGGACAAACGCAAGAUGCUGCCAAAGAGAGCGCGUAUGGAUAGCAUGCGGGGUCCUAUUGCAAAUGGACCCUUGCAAUCAAGGCCCUUGGUGGCGUUACUAGACGGACGCGACUGCACCGUCGAGAUGCCGAUAUUGAAGGACGUGGCGACGGUGGCGUUCUGUGACGCGCAAUCCACCUCCGAGAUACACGAGAAGGUGCUGAACGAGGCGGUGGGCGCGCUCAUGUGGCAUACGAUCAUACUCACUAAGGAAGACCUCGAGAAGUUCAAGGCGUUGCGGAUUAUCGUCCGCAUCGGCUCCGGCGUCGACAACAUCGACGUCAAAGCCGCCGGUGAAUUAGGCAUAGCAGUAUGUAAUGUCCCAGGCUACGGUGUCGAAGAAGUAGCGGAUACGACAAUGUGUCUCAUAUUGAAUUUAUAUCGACGGACAUACUGGCUCGCGAACAUGGUGCGGGAAGGAAAAAAAUUCACAGGUCCGGAGCAGGUGCGUGAGGCGGCGGCGGGGUGCGCGCGCAUCCGCGGCGACACGCUCGGCAUCGUGGGACUCGGCCGCAUCGGCUCGGCAGUCGCGCUGCGCGCCAAGGCGUUCGGCUUCAUCGUCGUCUUCUAUGACCCCUACCUGCCCGACGGCAUUGAGAAGUCGCUAGGACUCAACAGGGUUUACACGCUGCAGGAUCUCCUAUUCCAGAGUGAUUGCGUAUCACUGCACUGCAGCUUAAAUGAACACAAUCACCACCUCAUUAACGAGUUCACUAUCAAACAGAUGCGUCCAGGAGCGUUCUUGGUGAACACGGCGCGCGGCGGGCUGGUGGACGACGAGGGGCUCGCCUCCGCGCUCAAGCAGGGCCGCAUCCGCGCCGCCGCGCUCGACGUGCACGAGAACGAACCCUUCAACGUGUUCCAGGGUCCUCUAAAGGACGCGCCGAACCUGCUGUGCACGCCACACGCCGCGUUUUAUUCAGACGCGUCAGCACAGGAACUGCGCGAGAUGGCCGCCUCGGAGAUCCGUCGCGCCAUCGUCGGACGCAUCCCUGAUUGUCUGCGUAACUGCGUCAAUAAGGAUUACUUUAUGGCGAGCGGUGGAGGCGUCGGGUCAGUGGGUUCGGUGGGCCCGGUGGGCGGCGUGGGCUCGGUGGGGUCGGUGGGCGGCGUGGGGUCGGUGGGCGGCGUGGUGGGAGCGGGCGUGGUGGGCGGCGCGGCGCCGGCCAGCUCGUACGGCGAGAGCAUCAACGGCGGCUACUACAGCGGCGCGCAGGCGGCGCACUCCACCACCGCCGUGCACGAGCCGCCCGCGCUGCCGCCGCAGCCGCCCGCGCCGCCGCAGCCGCCCGCGCAACCGCCCAUCACACUGCCGAUCAACACGACGGACCCGGCCAAUCAUCAGUUGAACAAGCAGGAGAGCUCGGACGUCCACUAGGCGACGUGGCGACGACGAUACGCUACGUUACAGUACCGUGAUCACGCCGCGACAAACGACACAUACAAACAAUAGUUUUAUUCCAUCGCAAUUAUGUCAUAAGUACCUACGUCGUAAGCCAACGAGUGAUAUGAUAUGGUGGUGGAGUUUGCACCGAGACACGGCGAUUUGUGCAAAUAUGAACGCGUAUGUGGAUAUUGGACCAAUUCUGUAAUAGCGUUGCGGACGCGGCCGAUGUCUCCAAUGCGAGUGUUUAGUGAAGCUUUUUUUAACAUUUCUAUACCCGUAUGCCGAUACGGCGGCGAAGAUGCGCAUCGCAUAGACUAUAAGCGUAUUUGUAAAAUUUGGAACAAGUUGCGUCGAUCAAUGUAUCGCGGGAUCUAAUGGGAUGAUGUCAGUUCAAGUUAGUGAGCGGAAACGAUUCGCAAUAAAAACAAGUGCCAACGCAUUUGUCCGUAGUCCAGGAAACGUAUUCGACAUUAGCAAGUUAGGCUACAAGUCUUAAGAAAUGUACAAUGCAGAUUACCUUGGUUGGGUGACUAAAAUGGACCUCAGUGUGUUAUCAGUGAUGAUUGAGAGAAAUGAUUUGUAUGUAUUUCGGUCGACAAUAAAACAAAGGGACAGAAAAUGAGUAAAAGAAUCUUCAGAUAGACAUAAGCUUAGAAACAGGGAAUGUUAUAGUAUAUGUGGGGUGGAACACAACAAAUAAAAAUGUGCAAUAAAUGCAAUUUUUAUAUAUUUUUGCUGAAUCGUAUAAAAUGGACAUAGGCAGAGUAAUGGCUUACAGAUAAAGUGUGUGUGAUUGUUGUUAGCUACGUUUCAGUGAGAUUCGUUUUAAAUAAGGGGUUUUUAUGAAUUUAUUUGUAAGUACACUACUGUCUCGGUGCAAACUUCGUUGAGGUACUCUGUGGGUUUCGUUGCGAAGGUCCAACACUUGAUACUGAGCAAUAAUCUGUCGAAUGGUGGUACCAAAACACUUAUUGACAGCAACACAUUUGUUGAUUCUUUUGAUGAUAGGUAUUAUCUAUUUUUAAUUAAACUAUUAACUAUUAAUAAUACCGACAUGGAUAAUAUUGUUAUAGCGUGUUAAAAGCUUAGUGCUUGUUUAGACAGUUGACUCUUGUGAGUUGUUUCCUAUAUUGCUGCAUAAUAUAAAAUGAUAUGCCGGCUCCGUUCAGGUCGUCGAUCUCGGCAACUAAACUCCGGUGGUACCUCGAAAACAAAUUAAUAUUGAGCGAAUAGUUGAUUCUGUGUUUGUAUCGGUAAGUUGGGACAGCUAUAAUAUAAAUACAGUAAUGUGUAAUGCGUGUGAUCGCGGCCGACGCGUGCGGGCGGCUCCGGCGCGGCUCCGGCGCGGCUCCGGCGCGGCACCGGCGCGGCUCCGGCGCGCAUCCGGCGCGACGCGGACACUCGGACGUUCCGACGAUGCUAGCUAUCAACAUGGUUCAUCAUAUUUUUAUAUGGUAUAUCUGGUUCCAUUAGAAAAUUUUAUUAUCUGGACUAUAUUCGAAAACAUUAGUAUAAUUGAAGGCGCUAGGUAACUCAGGCUCGUCUAAAGAAACAUCUAUGUAUUUUAAUAGAAUAUGGCCAAGUAUCUGAUUCACCAAUUUUGUUGUAACUGUAAUAAAAAUGUCGUUAUUUGUGUUAAGAUUAUAAAAUGUUCAGCUUUAAAGUUAAAAGUGUGUCUGAGCAUAUAUUAGUAUAAUAAACGAAAUGGACAUAACAAUAAUACUCUUACAAUUGUGUAAGGGAAUAUAGAAGUUUUGCCGGGAAAGAAGCUGGACAAUCUUGUAUGAAAAUACAAUAAUGACAAUACAAUGGCAAUGGAAUUAUAGAAAGGAAAUAACAUGUUCCUUGAAAGUUGUAUGUAAUCGUGUGACAAAGGUUCAAGAAUGUUGUACGUGGUAUUGUAGUUCGACUGGGGCAUAGUCCAAGUGACCGCGUCGUGCAGUGUGUUUGUAGCAAAUCGCCAGAGUAUACUGUCUACUACUAGGUUUCGGUGAACACAUGGUCCCAGCAUGUUUAUAGCAUUUGAUCGCAUUUGUACGUACACUCACACCCGGUCAGCGACACCGACGCGAUAUUAGCGCGUACCAACUGUUUAUUUUUUAAGUAUACAACAAAAGGACUGUAGAAUUCUAUCAUCACAUUUUAAUAACGACAAACAAGCAAACAAAACAGGAGGUCUUCGUGUUUCAUUUUUUUAUUUUUUUGAAAUGUACAAAAUCAUGCUUUCAUUUGAUUUUUUUUCUAAAUAGAGUUAAGUGACGAAUUUGUACAUGAACGAACACCAUAGAGAUAAAUUUUAGUACCGAAACGCAAUAGCGGGCGCCACCCGGCCACCUCUGUUUGAGAAUCGUGAGAAAUUGGUAUUUAAAAUUAGUAUUUACUUACAGUUUAGUUUAAUGACAAAAACAAUGUGUAUAUUUUAUGAGAAAGUGAAAAGUUCUUAAAUAAAACUAUUGUUUUCGGAUUAAUUA